UCGAUUCAUCUCCAGCAGUUCCAAUCAAUCAGGUGACCGGAAAUGACUGUUCUGCAGGAACAUGGCGGAGGAGCAACAACAGGAGAUCCCUCAAAAAGAGGCUGAUGGGCUGAAUUGUCUUGCAUAUGACGAAGCCAUUAUUGCACAGCAAGAUAAGAUUCAGCAAGAGAUAGCAACCAGUAUUUCUCUGGUGUCAGAAAGACAGGAACUGUCUGUCCUUAAGCGAGAGUAUUCAGAUGAUGACACCAUUUACCAGCAGAAGAUAAGAGACUUACAGGAGAAGUACUCAUCUAUACGCAAAACACGGCCAGAUGGGAACUGUUUCUACAGAGCCUUUGGUUUCUCACAUCUUGAGUCUUUACUUGAAGACAGCAAAGAAUUACAUAGGUUUAAGGCUAUUGCUGCCAAGAGUAAACUGGAUCUGGUGAGCCAAGGUUUCACAGAAUUCACCAUUGAAGAUUUUCACAACACAUUCAUGGACCUGAUUGAGACAUGCGAUAAGCAACCGUCUGUAGGUGAGCUGCUCGGCUCCUUUAAUGAGCAGAGCGUAUCGGAUUAUCUGGUCGUCUAUCUGCGGCUGGUGACCUCUGGGUACCUGCAAAGAGAGGAAGACUUCUUCCAGCACUUCAUAGAGGGUGGUCGCACCGUUCGAGAGUUUUGCCAACAGGAGGUGGAGCCCAUGUCCAAAGAAAGUGAUCACAUUCACAUUAUAGCUCUGGCUCAGGCUUUAAACGUGUGCAUCAAGGUGGAGUACAUGGAUCGAGGAGAGGGAGGAACAGUCAAUCACCACAUCUUCCCUGAAGGUGGAGAGCCCAAGAUUUUCCUCCUCUACCGACCAGGCCACUACGACAUCCUUUACAAAUAGCAGAUCUGCUGCUAAAGGCCUCGUCUAUCUCUGUGCUGUGGGUUUGACUUGACUUUAAACCUGUGAAAUGUGAACCCAGCACUUGACAUUGCAAUUUCCUGUCAAAACCCCCCUAAGACUCUUGGAGAAUUUGGGAGAAUCUGUUAUACAAGGCACUGGACAUUGUACAGUUUAACCU